CUCUAAACUCCCCCUUUGACCGCCGUACCAUUUUAAAACGUCACCGCCUUUUCGUCGCCUGCUCUCUCUCUCUCUCUCUCUCCUUUUCAUCUGAGCACAAAAUUUAUCGGUAUUCAGCCGCACAUUUAUACGUUCCGGACUCUCACUUCUCUUUUACUUCUCUACUCAAAUCUCGAUGAGCUCAUUUCCAUCCCAGGGCUCAGAUCCUUCUCUAUUCUCUACUAUAUAAUUCAUGAGAAGUGUCUUGCAUCAUAGAAUAUGGAAUUUAACGACGAAUGGAGAGCUUUGCGGAAGGUUCAUGUGGCUUAUCAAAACGGUGAUUUGAGCACAUCAAGUAGCGAACACGAUCAUGAUCCGUGGACUGCCUGGGCUUACAAGCCUCGCACAAUUACAUUAUUACUAAUUGGUGCAUGCUUCCUUGUAUGGGCAAGUGGAGCACUUGAUCCUGAACGUGGUUCAGAAACUGAGCUUGUUACUUCUGUGAAGAGGGGUUUAUGGGCGAUGAUCGCGGUGUUCCUUGCUUAUUGCUUAUUGCAGGCUCCUUCAACGAUACUUAUCCGGCCGCAUCCUGCAAUAUGGCGACUUGUUCAUGGAAUGGCUGUAAUAUACCUCGUUGCCUUAACAUUUUUACUAUUCCAGAAGCGUGAUGAUGCACGGCAAUUUAUGCGAUUCCUGCAUCCUGAUCUUGGUGUUGAACAUCCAGAAAGAUCAUAUGGUGCCGAUUGCCGAAUUUAUUUACCUGAAAAUCCUACAAGCAGGUUUAAGAAUGUUUAUGACACACUUUUUGAUGAGUUUGUUUUGGCACAUAUCCUCGGUUGGUGGGGGAAAGCUAUAAUGAUUCGUAAUCAGCCACUUUUGUGGGUACUUUCUAUCGGAUUUGAGUUGAUGGAGCUGACUUUUCGCCACAUGUUACCGAACUUCAAUGAAUGUUGGUGGGACAGUAUCAUUCUUGACAUAUGUAUCUGCAAUUGGUUUGGUAUUUGGUCUGGUAUGCGCACAGUUCGGUACUUUGAUGGAAGAACUUAUGAGUGGGUUGGCAUAAGCCAGCAGCCUAACAUCAUGGGGAAAGUCAAACGAACUCUUGGACAGUUCACUCCUGCCAUGUGGGAUAAAGACGAAUGGCACCCAUUUCUUGGUCCAUUCCGCUUUGUUCAAGUUCUGAGCCUUUGCAUUGUCUUCUUGACCGUGGAACUCAAUACUUUCUUUCUGAAGUUUUGCCUUUGGGUUCCUCCUCGAAAUCCUAUAAUUGUAUAUAGGUUGGUGUUGUGGUGGCUUAUAGCAAUACCAACAAUUCGCGAAUACAAUUCUUACUUGCAAGACAGAAAACUAGUGAAGAAAGUAGGUACCUUUUGCUGGCUCUCACUUGCUAUCUGCAUCGUGGAACUCCUCAUUUGUAUCAAGUUUGGACAUGGACUGUUCCCUAAUGUCAUGCCGAGGUGGGUGGUUAUAUUUUGGACGACUGUCGGAAUUGGGCUCAUCGUAUUCUUGGUUGCAUGGUCGUAUCAACUACACAGGUCAAUGAAGAGAAAAUGGCAAUAGGUUCAUUUUUGGGGGGGAUUCAACAAUUUUCUUUGAGUUCUCCAUGUUUUCUUUGGUUAAUUUGAGGUGGUGUAAAUACCCACUGCAUUUUUAAUUGUAAAUGUUUUACAUUUAGGUUAGAUCCUACUCUUGUUGAAUUUAUAAAUCUUAAUUCUUUGUGAGCAAAUAUUGCCAAUGCCACCUUUUAUUUUUCUUCA